AUGAAACUUAACACCAAUAAGAUAGAAGUUGAUUUUUUGGACCAAGAGCCACCAAAUGCUAAGCGUCAGAAACUCAGUUCAGAAACAUUGUCUAAUGCUCUGGAUAUAACCUAUGAAUGUCAAAAUGUCUCUUGUCAAACAACGUCGAAAUCGUUACUGAAUUUUUCUAUUGAACAAGUAUGUGAAGCGUUGAAGACUCGUGCGUUAACCGAUGAUCAAGAAAUGUUAUUAUAUGAUGCCUUGGCUAAAAAUUUAGAAGAAAAAUGUAAGAACAAUAAUAAAAACAUGUUAUUAUACAACAAUUCUCCAACUACAUUAAUGACAUUAGAUGUGACAAUUGCUUUCAAAUAUAUUCCACCAUGCGUGUUAUUAAGCAUAAGUACAACGGUGAUUCAUGCUAUUAUUAAUAAAUCAAUGGUUAUUCAGUGUCAGGAUUAUCAGCUAGAUCAAUGGUGUACAGAAAAGAAAAUUGGAAACGAGUGUGCUAAAUUAACAAAGAGUAUUGAUGAUGUUGAGAAAAGGGGAAAACCCGUAAUGCAAGCAUUACUCGAUCAAUGUCCGUUAAUACAAAAAUGUUUAAAAUCGUUUGUUGAUCAUAUGAUAGACGUUGUGGUAAAACGACUGGAUAACAAUCUUCAACAAGAUUACACACAGUCUAAAAUCGGUUAUACUGGACAUCAUUUCAAAAAACGGAAAUGUCAACAAUGUAAAACAACUUUGAUUGAUAAAGCCAUAACCAGCAGACCACCGCCAAAUCCAGGUUCAAUUCACGCAACCAUUAGUUUGGGAAAUACAUUUCAAAAUAUCCCACAGUGUCAUCCUAGUGAAAAACGUCUCGUUAUCAUAGGUGAACCGUACACCCUAAAUCCAUCCUCUAUCGAAAAUAUAACAACAAUUUUACGUGAUUUGAAAGAACGAUGUUUGACUUCUACAAAUAACGAUGGUAUACCGCGUAAAUGGAUGAGUGUUACGGCUGAUGCAUGUCCAUAUUGUUUAACUUGGAAAAUUUUUAAUGAAACGUUUGUUUGUCAUGAUUGUAAUGCGAGAUACUCAUCGUAUUCUGAUUUAUCCUUACAUUAUCACAAUGGUCAUCCAGAAUCGAUGAUAAAUAAGAAUCGUUUCCACUAUGCCGAAUUUAAUUCGUUGAUAUUUCGGCCAGGACUGGGUCAUAUCGAAAUGAAUGCUUGUAAAUCAUUCAUGAAUUUCAUCUGGAACAUUUUUGGGGGCGAAUUAAGUAGUUGUCUCAAUUUUAAAUCAGAAGAAGCGAAAAAGUAUGCAUUAUCUUGUGCUGAUCGUCACAAAACAUUUCAAAUAUUAGCUACGGCGUUCUGUUUAAUGCCAAAAGAAUUACUUCAAUUUUUCGAACAGAAUGAUACGUUUAGCACAAGUGGUAACAGCAGACAAGGUGAAGACCUGGAUUUUGUAUUAGAAAAUUUUAAUAAAAAAAUUAAACAUAUGAUACCAUAUGGAUUACUAGAUAAUGAAACCUGGAUAAGGGUUAACAGAAAUUUUGAUGAACUUCAUAAAGCAAGUUAA